AUGGCCCUUCAAUUGACUUUAUCGUGUGAUUUAAAUAAUUCGCAAAGUGGUCCAACGCUUAUUCAUUCAACUGGUGUACAACAUUACAAAAUUCCACCAGAAGUGAUUCGAACUUUACAAGAAAAUAUUUCAAAUGAUUUAUUAUCUGAUCAUGAAGAAGGUGUUCUUUGUCAAGAUGGUCCACAACGUAUUCUUGAUGUUCUUCGACGAAAUGGAUUUACUUUACAAAAACAAACAACUGAUCAUAACAAAGCUUUAUGGACAUUAAUACAAAGUGGUGGAAGUAGUCAUGGUGGUGAUCAUCAACCUGUUCCUCCUCCUGCUCCACAUCCAACACCAACUGGUGAAGAGGAUGAAGAUGCUGGUCGAGAAGAACAGGGUGAAGACGACAAUAAGGAAGGAGAAGAAGGUGAACAAGAAGAAGAAGAAGAAGCAAAUUAA